AUGCUGGCCCACUGUUCGCGUUCUUUUGUGGCCGUGAUCAUGGAAUUGAACCCCGAGCUGCGCAAUGUCAUCAUGCUGUUCUACCUGGUUCUGCGGGCGCUCGAUACGAUCGAGGACGACAUGACGCUCGACCCUGAGCUGAAGAUUCCCCUGCUGAGAUCGUUCGAUUCGAAGCUGAAUCUCAAGGACUGGACAUUCGACGGCAACGGACCAAACGAAAAAGACCGUAUCGUUCUGGUGCAUUUUGACAGUGUUCUCACCGAGUACCACAAGCUGCAGCCAAAGUACCAGGACGUCAUCAAGGACGUCACGCGCAAGAUGGGCAACGGCAUGGCCGACUACGUGGUGAACGAGGAGUUCAACCUCAACGGCGUGGCCACCGUCAAAGACUACGACCUGUACUGCCACUACGUGGCGGGACUGGUGGGCGAAGGGCUGACGCGGAUGAUCGUGGCAGCAGACUUUGGACACCCGGCCCUGGCCGACAAAAUGUACCUCAGCGAGUCUAUGGGUCUUUUCCUGCAAAAAACAAACAUCAUCAGAGACUUCCGCGAAGACCUGGACGACGGCCGGUCGUUCUGGCCGAGAGAAAUCUGGGCCAAGCAUACAGACAAGCUCGCCAACUUUGCGCAGCCCGAGCAUCUCCAGGAGGCCCUGAAUUGCAGCACGGAGCUCGUGCUCAACGUUCUGGACCACGUCAAGGACGUCCUGGUGUACCUCUCGAUGGUCUACGACCAGUCCACGUACUGUUUCUGUGCGAUCCCGCAGGUGAUGGCCAUCGCCACGCUGGCCCUGGUGUUCCAAAACCCGCACGUGUUCCAAAAAAAUGUCAAGAUCAGAAAAGGAGAAACGUGCAGCUUGAUACUCGAGUGCAGAACCUACGAGGGCGUGCUCAACGUGUUUUCCAGAUACCUCCGGGUGAUCCACCACAAGUGUCCUGUUUCUGACCCGCUGUAUCUCGAGGUCGGGAUGAAAUGCGGCGAGCUCGAGCAGUUCAUCGAGGAGCUCAACCCUAACCCAAGCCAUCUGCCCAAGGGCCUCGAGCCACGCAAGACCGUGUACUCGGAGCUGGCCCAGACGAAGAUCCAGAAGGACGCUGCCGUGGCCAGAAAGUUGUGGAGAGAGCAGUUUGCGUGCAACCUGUCUCUGGCUCUUGUCGCGGUGUGCGUGGUCACGUUAUUAUCUAAGACCUAUUAA